CCGCAUUUAACUGUUGACAAUCUGGAGAAGAUCCAUGAUGAAAAAGGAAAUAAUCUGCUGCACAUUGCAGCUUCUCAAGGACACCUAGAGUGUUUACAACAUCUUACUACUUUAAUGGCAGAGGAAUGCUUGACAGAGCGUAAUAACGAGAAACUUACCCCAUCUUCCUUGGCAGUAAAGGAAGGGCAGCUUGAAUGUCUGCGCUGGCUGAUGAGUGAAACCGAAGCCAUUGCUGAGUUGAGCCCUUCAGAUGGUUACCCUGCACUUAUACAUUAUGCUGCAUGCUAUGGACAGGAAAAAGUUCUCCUGUGGCUUCUACAAUAUAUGCAGGAACAAGGAAUAUCUUUGGAUGAAGUUGAUCAGUAUGGAAACACUGCAGCUCAUGUUGCUACCCAACAUGGUCACCUGAGUUGCCUUCAGACUUUAGUCGAAUAUGGAGCAAAUGUGACAAUACAGAAUCAAGACGGAGAGAAACCUUCCCAGAGUGCAGAACGACAUGGACAUACCACUUGUUCACGCUACCUAGUAGUUGUGGAAACCUGUAUGUCUCUAGCAUCACAAGUGGUGAAGUUAACAAAACAACUAAAAGAACAAACAGCAAAGCAGAUCAGCUUGCAAACCCAACUUCAGCAUUUCCGACAAGACCAGAUGACAGAAGGAGAUGAAUCCCAAUCUGCUAGUUCCUCUGUACCAUCCGAAAACAUUAAGAAAACUCAUUCAUCCUGUGAUCAAAGGAUGCCAGGCUUAACUACAAACGGGAGUUUAACUACUCACAACGAUGAAACAAAACCAAAGGUUACCAAAAAAACAGUACUGAAACAGAAAGGUGAAGAAUCCGACAAAAUUCUACGUCAGCUCUUGGGGGAAGAGAUUUCUGGAAAUGUGUGCACACAGGAAAAACUUUCUUUGGAAUUUCAAGAUCAGCAGGAGGCAAGUGUUGUGACAGGAUCUGCAAGGAAAGUCCUGAGAAACAAAAGGGAACUGAAAUUGACCAGACUGAGAUAUUCUCAGAGAUCCUCUAGUGAGUCAGACACUGACUCCUAUAUCAGUGAAGAUCAGAAGAACUCUCCCAUUAAAAGAGCUGAAAAACCACGACCAGAGCCCAUUGUUGAAAAAGAGGAAUGCACUGCAAAAGUCCACUUCAUGAUUAAAAAGCAUGCCUCAGCAGUAGGGAGAAUGUUUCCUUUUUCCCUUAAAGCCUCUGGUUCAUCAGAGGAACAUAGUAAUUCUUGUAUUGCUGAAAGCAAUGAUAAAGUACCUGACUCUCAGCAUCAAAUAAGAAGUCCAGUCAGGACCCAGUCUGUUGAGGAAUCAGUUCUGCCUUGUGCUGACAACACUACCACACAAAAAACUACAAACAGUCCUAAAAGUGCUCUUAAGUCACCAUCUUCAAAGAGUAGAACUUCUCAGAAUUUAAAGCUUAGAGUGACUUUUGAGGAGCCUGUUGUGGAAAUUGAACAGACAGUUUCUGAAUUAGAUAACAGGAAGGGCACAGAAAGUGAAGGAACAUUACCAAGGUCGCCACCUAGUCUAGAAAUGGGUGAACCAUUGAACAAAUAUGUUGGACAGUUUUGCUCACCAGUGGAAUCUAUAAACAGUAACCAGAACAACAAUAACUCACAAGCUACCCAUUUAGACAUGACACCCACACCUAAUUUACCACUGAAUUCCACAGGAAGGAGAUCUGGAGGCUCAAAAGCAAGUUGUGUAACUUCCUCAAAAGUUAAUGCCAAGAUAGUGAGUGUGUUAAAAUCUGCCAAAUAAUCAACUGUUUUAGUCUUUUUGGAACUUAUUAACAAUCUAAACUAACAUUUCAAAAAUUCAAAAUAGUACCAAAUUUUAUUAUAUGUACAUUUGUAUAGAAGAAACCUACCUGAAUAAAUUCUAAAAUAUUUUGACCAUUCUUUCUUCAUGUUUUU